AUGAGCCGGCUCGGCGAAGAACUCGUGGAUGUUGACGCGCGCCUUGAAGCUGACGGUCUCCGGCUGGUGGAGGAGUGGCAUCGACUGAAGGUGGCUAUCAACUUCGGGUGCCUUCAGUGUGAGCACGCAAAUGCUGAGGCCGAGGCAUCCCUGGCAACCUCACGCGAGGCCAGCGCCCGAGCCUUGGAGGAGGCCAGGGAGGCAGACGACUGCCACGCUGUUGCCGAGGAGCGCAGGCGGGAGCUCCAGGCCUUGAACGCCUCCUUGGAGCAGCAGGUGGAGGCGUGCAGAGCCGCCUUGGCGUCGAUGAAGGGUGCACCGUCCGACGAGGAGGAGAUUUCGAGACGCGAGGAAGCACUGUUGCUGGAGGCCACAAAGCGCAGCCUUGAGCUCGAGCGGCUGGAGAUGACGGAGCGUCAGGUCGCCCAAGCAGAGGAUGCUGUUGGUGUGCGCGAGGCCAAGGCCCAGGAGGAGGUUGACCGCCGGGUGGCCGAGGCUCGCGCAGAUCUUGUUGGCAGCGCAGCUGAGCUGGCCUCCGCCCGUGCCGAGCUGCUUUCUCUUCAGCAGCGGGUCGCCAGCGUCGAGUCCUUCGCGCAGCAGAGCAUGGAGGAAGCGCUCCGACGGCAGACGCUGGAGCGCGUGCACGCCGCCAUGCUCAAGGCCUCAGGAUGA